AUGCCAGCCCGCUUGAGCUGCGAGUCUGAGAAAAGACCCGGCAUUCAGUGGUCGUCUGCCAGCACACGGACCAAUCUGGUGGGGGUCGACCGGCACCUAGCACACCACCAGCAGCACAGCACCUCCAACGCCAAGCAGUCGUCCGACGUGCAGGAUUCGGAUCCGAGACCGGGGUCCGGAUUUGACCAGAACACCAGCAAAACCGCCAUAAAUGACCUGAACGAAGACUACGAUCGCCACGAAGCCGAGAACGGGCCGGCGACUACGAGAAUAACAAAGAGGAGAACAAGCGCCGAGUCGCAGUCCGUAGCUGCGAGGAGCCGCCGCUCAGGCAACUUCAAUUGGAAACCGGAACUGUCGCGUGAUGCAUCCUCGGAGCAGGAACCAGACCUAGCAAGCUCUCCGUCCCACGAAACCAUCGUAGCCAAUUCUUCCCGCAUCGCACGCGACGACAUCGACGGCCUUGCUGUCACGAGCCCCAGGAUGGAAAAGCUUUCAAUCGAGUCGAGGGGGAGGCGAGGGCCCAACACAAAGACCUACCGAUCUAGAAGCCCAUGGUAUACAUCCAUACGCACAUUAAUUGCCACAGUGGCCGGUCUAUUUUGCCUAGGCAUCAUUGUGCAUUCGCUCAAUACCAGGCAGCUUGACCCAAAAGGCUGUCGGAUGGCUUGGAUGCAUCCCUCGUACCACCAGCUCGACGAAUUCGAUACCGAACACACCCGCUUUGCCAGCAAAUACUCUCUGUACCUCUACAGAGAUGCCGGUGUUGACCGGGACACAAAGCUGAGGGGCAUACCGAUCCUUUUCAUCCCAGGCAAUGCUGGAAGCUACAGGCAGGUUAGGUCGAUCGCUUCCGAGGCAGCAACAUACUACCACAAUGUCGUACGACACGACGAAAGAGCGCUCAGAAGAGGCGCUCGGCCUCUCGACUUCUUCUCGGUUGACUUCAACGAGGACUUUACCGCGUUCCAUGGCCGGACAUUGCUGGACCAGGCCGAAUAUCUGAAUGAAGCCGUGCGCUACAUUCUAUCUCUCUAUCUGGAUCCGCGAAAGUCAGAGCGGGAAUCGAGUGUACCUGACCCAACCUCGGUCAUCGUCAUUGGUCACUCCAUGGGCGGCGUGGUGGCUCGCACCAUGUUGACCAUGGCAAACUAUCAGGCCAACUCGAUAAACACCAUCCUUACAAUGUCGGCACCUCAUGCUCGAGCCCCUGUCUCUUUCGACGGUUUGAUGGUUCGCACCUACCGAGAGAUCAAUGACUACUGGCGCCGCGCCUUUCUGAAAUCCUCAUCGAGGGAAAACCCCCUAGAACAGGUGACACUGGUUUCGGUAGCCGGUGGCGGUCUUGAUACAAUCGUGCCCUCGGACUACGCAAGCAUCGAGUCUCUCGUUCCGGGAACGCAUGGAUUCACAGUCUAUACUUCUACCAUACCAAACGUGUGGACUAGUAUGGACCAUCAAGCCAUUAUGUGGUGCGAUCAAUUUCGCAAAGUGGUAACACGCGCUUUGUACGAUAUUGUGGAUAUCCGUCGACCAUCGCAGACAAAGGGGCGGUCAGAACGCAUGCGCAGGCUGAAGCGAUGGUUUUUGACAGGCAUGGAGAGCAACACAGAGCGGGAUUCAGCUCAUGCUGAACCAAGUACGCUAUUGAUCCUCGACGAUACCUCGAAUGACAUUACCAGGCAAGGAGAGCGAUUUGUGCUGCGUGGACUCGGUUCUAGGCCUGGAGGGAAGGGAAAGGCAUACCUGCUACCAAUUCCGCCGCCUAAUUCCCCUGCCGGGAAGCAGCUGAAUAUUCUGACCGAUCAGAGAUUGGAUAACUCUGGGGAUUCAGGCCUGAUUGAAGUACUAUUUUGCAGUAUGAGUGCCUCGUCUCAACAAGGCCAAGCCACUGCGAAUUCUUUUUCGACAAAACUGGAUCUAUCUGAAGGAGACAGCACCAGUUCUACUCGUCUGGCUUGUAACAACGCUGCUUCAGACGUCAUACAGCUUCCUCGCUCAACGCGGUCGACUCGCUAUCCUUUCUAUCUUGAUGGCGAGCAGAAGCUGUCUCCCUUUUCCUAUCUCCAUUACGACGUGGAUGAAAUUGCGUCGGAGUAUCAGUUUGUUGCGAUUGUCGACAAGUCAUCACAUCCAACUUCAGGCUUCCUGAUCAGCGAGUUCAACGAUCUAUCUCGAUCUCAUAGUGUGCAGAAAAUCAGCUUGAAGCAUCUCCUUACGACUGGCUUGGAUUUGGAAAUGCCGUCAGACCGCCCCAUGGUCACAGAGGUCAAGAUUCCGUCGGUACGAUCAAGUCUCCUGGCAUACAACCUCGAGAUAAGCAAGAAACAUUGCCAGGGCAGAAAUGGCGAGGAGUUAUUCACGCCACUCGUAAGGCAAUACUUGACGGAACCCUAUGAAUCCAAGUUUUACGUCAAUGUCAGCCGAGCCUCCAUCAGCCUUCAUGGAGUGGCUCCCUACGUUCCUCCCGCAAUGAAACCCAGGUUAGAUGGAGAGGAUGGGCUCAGCCUUCAAUUUUGGACUGACCCAACAUGCGGCGCAAGCGUACGCGUGAAACUGACAGUGGAUUUUAUGGGAAGCAUGGGCAAGCUUUAUAUGCGUUAUCGCACUGUUUUUGCUUGUUUCCCCUUGCUCGUCGCAGCUCUCGUCCUUCGCAAGCAGUUCAACAUUUAUGAUGAGACCGGCGUCUUUAUUCCUUUCACCCAGGGUUUGGACCUAGCCUUGAGAAGGUCUAUUCCCCUUCUCCUCGCUGGUCUCACCAUAGUAUCCAUCGUUAUGGGCGAGCGCGAAGCCAGUUCGAGCGCAUCACCUCUGUCUGAACCACAUCACCGGCAAAAUACAACACAACCAACUGCCAUCGAUUUUGACCAAAACGAUCUCCUGAUUGGUACGAGAGAUAUGUUUUUCUGGUUCAUGGUACCGUUGAUUGGAUUGAUCAGCAUUGGGGCCUGUGCUGCCCUCAAUUACAGCUUCUUGGGGUUGUCCCAGCUACUAUCGUUCCUUUUUGGCCUGCUCAAGGUUCGUUUUGCAUGGCGAAAUCGGCACGAUGGUUACCGCAAUGGAUCAUCAUCUCCCUCACCACCGAAGACGUCGUUUCGAGUGUGCUCACCCCGCCGGCGGGUGGUUACAACAUUAAUACUGCUCUUUUUCGUUGCAACCUUUGUGCCAUACCAGUUUGCAUACGUGGUAUGCUGCAUUGUGCAGCUCACAACGACUGUCCGAGCUCUGAGGAUCACUUCCGAUGCGCAGAAGCCUCCUUCAUCGAGCGCCACAUCGUCAGAGAAAUCCACGACCAACAGCACAAAUCAUCACAACAUGAAUUUCUACAAUUAUGUUCAUUCGAUACUAGUCCUGAUGAUCUGGGUCAUGCCGAUAGAUGUACCAGUUCUACUCGUCUGGGUCCGGAAUUUGGCUUUGAACUGGAUGACACCCUUUUCAUCUCACCAUAAUGUACUGUCCAUCAUCCCAUUCAUUGUCUUGGUGGAGACACAUACGACCGGUAAGAUGGUGCCGCGUGUGACAUCGCGCCCACUCCGCCACGUUUCAGGCAUCAUUCUCACCGGCACAGCGGUCUACGCGGCAAUAUAUGGCGUUUCAUACGCAUACGUGCUGCAUCAUCUCGUCAAUAUCUUUGCGGCCUGGCUAGUCGCGGUUCACCUGACUACUGCGGCUGCUGCUGUUGCCGGGAGUAGCAACGGUGGGGGGUUCGCAUCAUUCUCAUCUUCAUCUUACACAAUGUCGUCGGUCUCGUCAUUGUUUGAGAAUGGACAAGUUAUUGAUCAAAAAGGUGGCAAGAUACCAUAA